AUGGUAGAAGAUGGUAGGUAUGAGCAAUAUCCAUGGGGGAAAAUAGCAUUUUCAAAAUUGAUAAAAGGAAUGCGUCAGGAGUUUUCAAAUGCCAAACAAAUAUAUCGUCUAGGCGGCAUGCCAUACACUCUGAAUGUUUGGAUAUAUGAAUGUGCAUCUCAAGUUCCCUCUGAAAUUGCUGUAAGAGUGGGUAAUAAAAUUCCCAGAAUUCUUAACUGGCGUGUUGUCGCCGUGAAGCCAAAAUUUGAGACCUUCAUGUCUACCAUCUUCAGUGAGUAUCCAUGCUCCAACAUUGUCCAAUCUCAACAUGAAAUGGAAUCUAUUGUCAUUCAUGGCAGCCAACAGAAACCUGAAGUUUUAACAUCGGCUGCCAAGGUCAAUUUCAGAAAACCUCAUGAAAUCCCUGGAUUUGAGGACUUUUCAACAACAACACCCACAGAAUUAUUAAAAAGAUCCAGUCAUGUCGCUGAUACAUCUUCUCCACCUCCUUCCAAGAGAAUGAAGACUUCCCCUGCUAAAAAGCCAAUUCAAGUAGAAACAGCCAACAUGCACAAGGAUUUCAUACCACCAAAUGAAUCAGAAAAACCUGUUUCUCCUGACAAUGUACCAGGGGCGAAGUCAGCUGUAGGAGGUGAAUCUUCCGGUCAUUCGGAUCAAAUUAUUCAUAUGCAAUUCAAAGCAUUGAAGACGGCCAUAAAGAAGUCUCUAAAGAGAUACGUUGACCGGAAGUUCAAGCAUUUGGAGAAUAAAAUUGAUUCAAAUCACAUUGAUCUUUUGAAAGCCAUCGACAGUAUGGCGAAUCGAAUGACUGGCACAUCAUCUCAAAGACCUGAACCAUCCACCAUGAUAAAUCAGGUGGACAAUAUAUCGGAACAAAGCAUUUCAGCAGAUGUUCCUGAAUUAUUUGAUCAGCAAGAAGAUGAACCAUCCGUCAAGAUACAAAAGGUGGAUGAUGUAUCACAACAUAACAUUGUAGCAGAUGAUGAUGUAUCAGCACACCAAAUGGAACCACAAAGAGCAGAUACUGAUCAGCUUAUUGCUGAUUAUGAUACAUUACAGAACACUGGAAAGAAAGAUGGAAGAGUAGCCGAUGAUAAAACUGACAAAGUAGAAGAGCAAGUUGAGGAGAUUGAAAAAGAAAAAAUCAAACCAAGCACAUCAGAAUCCAAUACUUCAGCACCAUUUUCGAUCAAAACUCUGGAUGUGAUAGAUGCUCUAAUAUACGGACUUCCAUUACCAGUCAUGCCAUUGACAGCUGUUAGUCAUGAGCAAGUUCAGGAUGAAUGUCUAUUACGCGAUAGCCAGCUACCAACCACUCUUCCAUCAAAAGCCAAUGUAUUGUCUGGCGAUGCAAAGAUACCAUUUCGAAGAAGCAGGAUUCCUUCGAAGAUCUUACAGUCACCGUAUCUUUCAAACUUUGGGUCGAGUGAAAAAGGAAAGAAAAAUUUGUCAGCUGUUAUGCAUCAAGACACACCCUUUUGA